AUGGCGACUGCUAGCUCUCGUCAUAACACAAAGGCGGUGAUUGCCGAUGCAGGAGAUUCAAAGCAUGUUAAACUUGUGUUUGACACAUGGACACCUCGGUCUCAUUUCAUAGUUGUACAAUAUAAACCACAACAAGAUGCCAGUUUUGACGAACUUCAAGCAACUUAUGAACUUAUUGGUAGUUUCCUUCGUUCAAAUCCACAAUAUGAUAAUGAAGCCAUACUCUCCUUUCACCAUGGGCAAUGGUAUCAAAAGCAUACAGGCGAAUGGCAUGCACAUUUGUGUGUACCCAAGGAACCCUACUUAGAACAAGCCAAAAAAUGGAGAGAUGCUCGAACAGUUGGCGACGGAAUUAAUAAAUGGUAUGCACAAAAACAAGAGAUAUACACCAAAUACCGAGAUGAAUGUCUUAAGAAACCAAUUCCAGACCACACUUUAGUGGAGGAUGUUCAUUUAUCAACGCUUCACGCAAAUUCAAGAGAAUUCAAACUUGUUUGGAUGUAUCCAGCACCACGCAUUGGCGUUAAGGCUUUAAAUCCUGAAACCAUGACUCUUGCUUCUCUUUAUAAGUUUAUGUCAGAAAUUCGUUCUAAUGCUGAAAAAGAAUUAGGUCGACGUGAUCGAAAGUUCGCGAAUUUUGGCUGUCAUCUUUGUUUAUAUGUUUGUGGUCAAUUAGGCACGUCUGUGACAUGUAGACAGGGUCAAGUUUUUACAGAAAAUGGAGAAUUGGAUACAGAUUCGGAUAUUGCCGGCUACAUUCAAAUGGACGAAUCUCAAUACGUCCAGUGGUUACCAAGAAAUUUAAGACAAAAAUGGCUCAACGAAUUUGGGCGUGUCAAGCACUUUGUUGAGACAUGA